AUGGAACUGACUGAAUUUGUCUUUAAUGCUAAGGAGGGAAUAGAUAAUCUAGCCAUGGUCGUUGCUGAAGAUACAGAGAUUACCUCUUGUCCCACACCUAGGGUGUGUAUGCUGAAGAGAGAGGACAGGGAGACUUUUGGCUUCCAUUUACGUGUGGAGAAAGGACGACCAGGUCAUGUGAUCAGAAAGGUGGAAUUGGGUGGUGUGGCUGAAAGGAGUGGGCUUAGGGAUGGGGAUCGUCUCCUGGAGGUCAAUGAACACUUUGUGGAUGAUCUUGAGCACAUGGAGGUUGCCCGCAGGAUCCAGAUGAGUGGGCCUCAGCUGUGCCUUCUUGUCCUGAGCAGUGAAGAGUAUGAACAGGCUGUGGCUCAGGGCUGGAACCUGAAGGAAGUGUGCAGAGCUCAGCGUGGAGAGGACUGGAGACCUCCUCGUCUAUGCCAUAUCAUUAAAGACCCUGCGGCUGGCCUGGGUCUCAGCAUCUUGCCGGUGGAGGGUGAGAAAGGAAAGUUCACCAUGAGUCCAGCAUGUGGUGGAUCUGCUGAGAAGGCAGGAAUAGAUAAAGGAGACCGACUGGUCUGGAUAAACGGUGCCAUGGCUGGUGAACUCACAAACUCAGCUUUUAGCAAGAUGGUGAAGAAAUGCAGUGAUCACAUGACCGUACUGGUGAUAGACAGCAAGAGUGAGAAGACCUAUGCUCGUAGAAAGAUGACCAUCCUGCCCACCAUGGCUGAUGCCCAGAGUCUGCCACAAAGGCCUAGAAGAGUGCACCUGGUGCAAGGGCCAGAUGGCUAUGGCUUCCUGCUCAGGCAGGAAACCACUUCAGCAGGACGUAAAGUCCACAUGGUGCGGGAGGUGGAUGCAGGCAGUCCAGCAGAUAAAGCAGGGAUUAAGGAUGGGGAGCUCCUGCUGGAGGUGAAUGGAGAAUCUAUUGAUCAUCUGAGUCACAAAUAUGUUGUAAACAGAAUUAAAGACAGUGGACAACAAGUCAGUUUCACCUCUAUAACUCUCCAUGGCCAAGACUUCUAUACUAAGCUAGGCCUGUCUCCUUUGCUAUUCUGUGAGGAUUGUUCUCCUGGAAAUGAGCAACAGAAAAAUCUUAGUUCUCAAGAGCAAAGUCCAUCACCACUGAAGCAUUCAGUUGUCUCAGCUGAAGCCAAAGAGGAACUGGAGGUCAAGCCCACACCAAAAUUGUGUGUGAUACAGAGGGGCCCUGUGGGAUUCGGCUUCCAUUUGGGUUUCAUUCAACAGAAACCUGGCACCUUCAUCAGUCAGGUAACACCUGGAGGCCCAGCAGAGAGUUCUGGUCUAUUGCAAGAUGAUGUAUUGUUGGAGGUAAAUGGACAGAAUGUAGAGGAAAUGUAUUUAGAAGAUGUGAUUUUACUCGCAAAGAAAGGAGGAGACUCGCUGUCUUUACUGUUGAUAGACGAACCAGGUUAUGAGUGGAUGAAAAAGAAUGGCAUGCCUAUCACAGCUAAAAAUCAAAGCAGGGCAUGUGAGGUAGAAAACAAUGAGAGUUCAUCUCCCCCAGAGCCAACUCUCUAAUCUCUGAAGAUUUGUGAAGUGCAUUCGUAUCCAUUGAAAAACAAUGCUGAGAAAUCAUCUAACAUCACUGCACCAGACUGUGCUCAGACGGUGGAUUUAGCUCACUGUUGUUUUGCCAAAGAAAACUUGAUUCUUAAGACUUAUUGUCUUGCUGUACUGAAUUCCACUUGUAUGUAAUACAAAUA